AUGGGCAGACGCCUCGUGCGCCUCACCCCGCAGCGCGGCUGGCUCGCAGCUCGGAGGUCUCCUCUGGGCGCGGGUCGGCUGGCUGCACUGUCGGUGGCGGUGGCGCCUCGACUGGCCCCGCGUAACAAGGCCCUGGCAGGCUCAGCGAUGCAGCCCUCCCCUUUCGGAGCGGCUCCCGCCCUGCUGUGGAGCUGCGGCGUGUCGGUUGUGAUGCGCUUCUAG